GUGUAAGAACUCAACUGCAACAACAGAACAAAAAAGAAUAUCAUCUCCAGUAUACAAGUUUGGAUUACAAAUGAUGUUAAUGCACUAAUCAAUUUGCUUACCUACAAGUACAUAUCUGAAACUAAUGUGACAUUAGUGUUUUAUACAGAUUUAUACACAUAUAUGAACAUAUGCACGUAUAUACAUUUCAAUAAUCAACAUAUAUACGUUAUACUUCCUUUACUGGAAACUACACACUUGUUUCAACAUGAAUGCUACUCAUUUGUCUGAUCCUGUUUUGUUUACAAGAUUAAUUGUUUUUAGCCUCAUACCUUUAUUCCUAAUUGUGGGACUCAUAGGUAACAUAUUUGUGAUAUAUAUUUAUGCACGACAGUCCAAGAAAAGCAAUGUAGAAACAUUCAUCCUUGUACUGGCUGUUAUUGAUCUCAUUGGAUGUAUCCUUGGAAUGCCUCUGGAAAUGGCUGAACUUUACCCAGCAAUUCAAUCAAAAUAUUUGUGUAAAUUAUACAAGUUUAUUGUCUUCACCUGUUCUAUCAUGUCAUCCCUCAUUCUUCUUAUAAUUGCCAUUGAAAGAUUCAGAAGGAUAUGUCAUCCAUCUAGCAAACAAAUUACUUCAAAGAUGUGCAUUACUCUUAUUAUUUUCCUAAUCGUAGCAGCACUUGCAUUUGUCCUGCCACCUCUUUUCUACGCUGAUAGUAUUCCCUUUUCUCAUGAACAUAUGAUGUAUAUGAUAUGUGGCAGUGACUUCAGAAGACCAUUCCUCUGGUUAUAUGCUCUCAUGGCAUUAAUUAUACACAGUAUUGUUGUCCUCAGCAUGACUGUACUUUAUUCAUUUGUUCGGAACACGAUUUAUAAGCAUUUCAAGAAAGAAAAAAAUAAUGAAGAAACUUCGGAACAUGAACGAAUCAGUCGCACAAACAUUGUGCUUAUCUCAAUUUCUGUUUUGUAUUUUGUCAGUUUUUCACCAACUCUAAUAUUCUGUGUCUCAUAUCCAUACUGCAAAGAUUCUAACUUCUUGCAGAUUUUGAAAGUAGUUUUAUAUCGUACUUGGAUUCUAAAUUCAUCCUUAAAUCCUAUGGUAUAUGGAUUCUGCAACAAAAUAUUCCAGAAAAGUUUUGUAAAUAUAUUUACUAGGGACAAAACUGUCUUUGAAAUGGAAGAGAAAUUUUAGGACUUGGUUUAUACGACAUUUUCAACAGGGAGGAAUA